GCACAUCCCCUGUGAGGCCCCGGAGGAGCAAGGCGUGCAGGCAGUCGUGGAAUUUGUUCCUCAUUUUGCAUACUGGCCCGGCGGCGCUGCUAACGGAGCUAAAGGCAUCUUUUGUGCUGUUGCUCUCCAGCGAGUGACGUCAUGGGCACUGCCAGGUUUUUAUCACUUCUGCCAGAUAAUAGCUCACCGGACUUGAUCUGGAGGAGCCAGCAAGGUGUUGAGCGGCAGAGCCCUCGGGGUCUCAAAGCAGCAGUGGCCAUGACCAGCCCAGACCGCUCCUUCUUCCUCGGCAACCACUGGCUCUUCUUCUCCGUGUACCUCUUCACCUUCCUCGUGGGGCUCCCCCUCAACCUGAUGGCCCUGGUGAUCUUCGUGGGCAAGCUGCGGCGCCGCCCGGUGGCCGUGGACGUGCUCUUGCUAAAUCUCACCCUCUCGGACCUGGUCCUGUUGCUCUUCCUGCCGUUCCGCAUGGUGGAGGCGGCCAGUGCCAUGCACUGGUCCCUGCCCUUCGUCUUCUGCCCCUUCUCCAGGUUCCUCUUCUUCACCACCAUCUAUCUCACGUCCCUCUUCCUGGCAGCUGUGAGCACAGAGCGCUUCCUGAGCGUGGCCUACCCACUUUGGUACAAGGCUCGGCCGAGGCCAGGGCAGGCUGGCCUGGUCAGUGGGGCCUGCUGGCUCCUGGCCGCUGCUCACUGCAGCGUGGUCUAUGUCAUCGAAUUCUCAGGGGACUCCUCCCCCAGCCAGGGUAUCAACGGGACCUGCUACCUGGAGUUCCGGGAGGAUCAGCUGGCCCUUCUCCUGCCUGUCCGGCUAGAGAUGGCAGUGGUCCUCUUUGGGGUGCCCCUGUUUAUCAGCAGCUACUGCUACAGCCGCCUGGUCUGCAUACUCGGGAGGGGAGCAAGCCAUCGCCGUCGGAAGAGAGUGGCAGGGCUGGCGGCCGCCACGUUGCUCAACUUCCUCGUCUGCUUUGGGCCCUACAACGUGUCCCACAUCGUGGGCUACAUCCAGGGUGAAAGCCCCACGUGGAGAAGUUACGUGCUGCUCCUCAGCACCCUGAAUUCCUGCUUUGACCCCCUCGUCUACUAUUUCUCAUCAUCUGGAUUCCAAGCUGACUUCCAGGGAUUGCUGGGGCGGCUGACUGGGUCCUGGGGCCCUUGGCGGCAGGAGAAUGGCGUCACCUCGAAGAAGAGCGAGGGAGAGGGGCCACCGCAAGAGCUGUUCAAUAUAGAGGCCAGCUAGCGGACUCUAGGUGGGCGCUCUGGAGCUGGUGGCAGGUGGACUGGGCUGCAAGGGGGAUCAUCCCUGGGGCAGUUCCAAGCUCAAGUCAGGCAGGACCCUGGAGAGGCAGACCAGGGACUGGCACCAUCCGGGGCAGAGCAGGCACCCCGCCUUCCUCAGGAUGUGCCCAAGCCCAGCUCCUGAUCUCACCACACAUUGCCCUCCCUUCCCAACCCCUGACGUGCGCAGGAAGUGGUCAAGGUGAGGAAGAGCUAUGGAGAAAACAGGAGCUUUCCACGGCAGCAGGCCAGCUCCUGAACUUUGCUGAAGGUAGAAGAGGAGCUGAGAGCAGUGUUCAGGGGCCCAGGGAGCUGCCCAGUGACUUGGGACAGAAGACAGGAAGAAUAUAUCCCUCAGAACUACUGACGAAGCUGGUGGGGGUAGGGACACAGGACUCCAGGUGGGAGGGAGCACCUGCUGCCACAUGUGGAUUUUCCAGAAAGCUUCCACUGUUCAGUAAUUUCAGAUCUUCAGGGACAUUUAUGAAAAAUGGCAAAGGAACAUUACCUUAAUAAAUUUGGCGGCAAGCAAAAGAGAA